UCUGAAAACGUCAGGCUGACACGUGGAUCCUUGUCACUUGCAAAUUGGUUGCCCUUUUUCCUCAAUCAUCUUCUUCUUUAGUCCUAGCUGAGCCUUGAUCAUGGCAACUUGUCCAUUUGCCCUAGCUUAUGAAAUGGAGGUUUUGAGCGAGGUGCAUCUGGAAUGCGGAUCUGGAUGCGUCGUGUCCUGCUUCACAAUCAGCAGCGCCAAGUCAGGUACACUCUCUGGGCUCGGAUCGUCCAGCCAAAUAUGUUCCUACGCAGACAAUGACAAAGUUCCAUCGGCUCAAGGGCGCAGCUCGGCUGCGCAUCAAGUGGAUACAAGGAGUGGAGUGGACGACGAUGGUGAUCUCAUUGUCGCUCGGAGAAGCACAGCAGUUUUGGUUCCAGACAGGCCGAGAGAGUCCAUACUGAUAUAUCACAACAUGGCCACUGCCAUCCCUCUAGUAGGUUUGCAGGUGUGGAGAGGAGCACUACUCCUUGCCGACUUUAUAAUCCACAAGUGCAAGAACACCUCCGACUUUGAGAAUGUCACGGCUCUGGAAUUCGGGUGCGGGACAGGACUAGCAGGCAUUACCCUUGCACGCCAUGCCAAGCUUGUUUUCCUGACGGACAGGGGUGCGGAUGUGCUUGACAACUGCUCUCGGAACGUUUUUGCAAACCGCGGGUCCUUUCUUCGGGGCGAGUCCGGCGUUAGAGUGCGAGAGCUGGAUUGGGAGGAAGGCUGGCCACCCCGGACGACAAACAUGCAACAGGCAGCGACGAGCUCUCCGUACCUUUGGAGCCAACAGGAUCUCAAGGAUGUGGAGGACGCCACCAUCUUUCUGGCCGCAGAUGUCAUCUACAGCGACGACUUGACCGAUGCUUUCUUCCGAGCUGUGUCAAAGAUGCUCCUUCCUGGAUCAAACAAAGUUGAGCCAAAGUCCUACCUUAAAGCUCUCGAGUUCCUUCUCACUCCACCUGGUGCACAGGCACUCUACCUUGGACUUGAGAAGCGCUACAAUUUUUCCAUGGACGCGCUGGACGUGGUAGCCAAUGGCUAUGCAAACUUUGUUGGACACCUGAGCGUAGAAGGUAUUCUCAUCUGGUCGUUCCUCGUCAGCCUGAUCCAGGAUGGUGCAGGGGAAAACACCAGUGCUGCAUUCCUCGGCAAACGUUUGGAUGAUUUCACGGUCCCAAAAUACAUUAUGGAAUACGAUCGCGGUACAGACUUGGAGCUAUGGGAGAUAUGUGCAGCGCCACAGAGGCAGUGAAAGCGGAGAGCACUAUUUGGCCUUGGCCGGAAGGACCUUCUCGACGAUCUUGUCGCUGAGCUCCUGCACUUGCGUCUCCAGGCUCUUGAGCGUCUCCUGCUUUUGCUCUUCCAAGUUGGCGAGAGCUUGAGCCAGCUCCUGCUCGAUUCGCUCCCUUGAUUUUUGCAGCUUGGCCUCCAGCUCCGCGGCAGUCUCCUUCUUCAUCUUGUUCAGUGCGGCGGUGGUCUCGGCUCUGGCCGCCUGAAUCAACGCCUCGGCUUCGUCUUGGAGCUUCUUAAUCUCCUCCGAGUUGUCCUUGACGCUC